AUGGCAUUUUAUAUUGCUCAGGCAGCAAAGGAAGAGAUUGGUAAUCAACCCAAAAAGAAGGGAGGGCAAGCUAGGGAAGGAAUUGAAAGGUGCAUCUUUGAGGAUCGAAUUUUGACGAGGGACAUUGUCUUUUUGCGUGCAUGGACUCAAGUUGAAGUUCCUCAUUUCUAUAAUGCAUUAACUACUUCGUUGCAACCUCGUCAGAAGACCUGGCGAGGAAUGAAAACUGUCGCAGUAUUGAGGAGAGAACACAAUCUUUUUAUUCCUGUUAACAGGGAUUCCCUCUACAAGCCAAUUGAGAGAAAGCCAAGGAAAUCCAAUCCCCCUGUGAUCCCUAAGGCGUUACAAGCAGAUCUCCCGUUUGAAUCGAAGCCCAAGAAUAUACCACACCAGAAACGGCGACUUCUUGAAGAUAGAAGAGCUGUUAUCAUGGAGCCUCAUGAACGGAAAGUUCAUGCUUUUGUUCAACACCUUCAGUUGAUUAGAAAUGACAAGAUGAAGAAGCGGAAGCUCAAGGAGGAGGAAAAACGGAAAGAAGUAGAGGCACAGAGAGCAAAGGAUGAACAGGUGUUAAGAAAGCGUCGGAGAGAAGAAAGGCAAGAGAGAUACCGAGAGCAAGACAAACUAAAGAAAAAGAUUCGUAGACAUGUGGAAGCCUGAUGGUAAUUAUGCACGUGUACAUGCAUGUAAUUUACAGUUAUAAGUGAUAAAUUUUUGUAAGUUAUGUAAAUAUGCACCCCAAAUUUUGUUCUAAAAUUCCAAUAGUGAAUUGUCUUAGCUGUUUCCAAUUUACACUUGUAAUUUCUUAUUGACUAAUUAACAUUUCAAAGCUGCUCGGGAGUGGAGUCUGA